GUGCCUGGAGCAUCCUCAGACAUGUAGCCGCACUCCGCUCCACCUGCUUCGGCUUAGGGACAGUGUCUCCACCGCGGCUGGGUUUUCUGGGACUAUCCGACAAUGCGAUGGGAAACUGCUGGGCGUACUGCGUGGGGUUGUUCCGCAGAGAGGCCGGCCGACUACAGCGAGGAGGCGGGUCCAAAUACUUCAGAAGCAGCACUGUUGGGGAGCACUAUACAAUAGAGUUUGAGAACUUGGUGGAAAGUGAUGAGGGAGGAGAGAGUCCACAGCCCUGCCCCAAGCCGAUCAGUGAGGAUGAGAUCAAGCACCUGCGUGAUCAUCACUACUCGGCUCUCUCAGAAAAACAGCUCCAAAUUGACAAGAAACUCCAACAAGAGUUAGAGGCACAAGAGGAGCAGUUAAGGCUAGAAGAGGAAGCUAGGCAUGCAGCCCAGCGAGAGGUCGCAAGGUCGGCACGAGAGAGAAGGGCCAAGGAGUUAGCGUCUCAGAGGAGCAGAGGCCGAGCAGAUGGAGCCACAGAAGAGACCCGAGACCAAAGAAAACACACUGAGAGGGGAGGGGAUUUUGACAUCUACCUCCAGAGCGUGAAGGCUCAGUCAGAGGCGUUCAGGAGCAACAGGCUGCCCUCUGACACCACUGCGGUGACCCCAAACACUGAGCUGAGCUGGGACUUUACCACCAAGACUCGGUCUACGGAGGAUGGAACCUCCCUGGACCUGGAGUGGGAGGAUGAGGAAGGUAUAAACCGCUCUCUGCCUCCAUGGGAACGCUCUCGCACAGAGGAGGACAUUUUGAGAGCUGCCCUCAGGCCUGGAUCUAAACCCAUCUCAGAAGAGUCCACAGCUCUAGAGUGGGAGAAUGACUUCAUCAGCUCUCAAGACUGUGCAGAACCAGACCAGAGCCCAGACCUGGGACUUGACCAGGACUUCGACUUGGACUCUGAGUUUGAGGGCUUUGUGAAUCCAGUUUUGGAUUUGGACACUCCCUCAGAUGCUGAGGACAGCAACAGAUAGUAGCUCCUCUCAAGUGCUAAAGCUACGUGGACUUUAAAGGGUCUGUACCUGAUUUUUACUGUCUUGAAUGUGAAAAACAGAACUAGUCCAUUUUAAACAAUUUACAGUGUUUCAAAAUUAUUUCUCACUUACCUUAUGGAUUCAGACCAUCCUAAUUAGUUACCAUGAUGGGUUUAUGAGUGAGUCACUUUCACAGACCAUAGCAGAGUUUUGUGGUUAUGUUUCUGGUAACAACUACCAUGCUAAUGGUGCUACUUCCUGGUUUGUGGUUUUAUAAUUGGAUGCAGACAGUACACAGUAGUUUCAUUUUGCCCCUAAGAGCUGCAUAUGCAAUCUAUAGUUGAAACCAGAAGUUAUAGUGUAUACGCUAUUUAAAAAAGGACUUUUUUUUUCUCACUGCCUGACAUGAAAUCAGACUAAAAUUUUCCUGUUUUAGUUCAAUUAGGAUUACAAACAAUAAAUGCCAGAAUAAUGAAAAAUGAAGAUGAAAUUUUUUUAGACAAUUUUUCAUUACUUUCUUCAAGGUCAGAGGUUUACAUACAAAAAGAGUACAAUGCAUUUAAACAAUUUGGGAAAACCAAGAUAUGACGUCAUAUCUUUGGCGACAGUAGUUGGUUGAGUGUUUGUCCACUGAUCCGAAGGUUGGCGGUUCAAAUCCCGCUCUCGACAUAAACAUCAUUGGUUGAGCGGUCAGAUCCAUAGGUUGGCGGUGCGAUUCUAACUCACACAGAUGAAUGCUGUUGUUGUGUCCUUGGGCAAGACACUUAACCCACCUUGCUCUCAGUGUCUGCGUACACUGGUGUGUGAAUGGGUGACCUUGAACGUAGAAAAGCGCUAUAGAAAAUGUGGCCAUUUACCUGUGGAUUUAGUUGAAGGCACAACUGAAAUGCACAGCUUUGAAAUCAGCCAAGAUAUUAGGGUCAAGAAUUGUGGACUUGCACAAGUCUGGUCCAUCCUUGGGUGCAAUUUUAAAGACGAUUGAAGGUGCCAUCCAUCUGUUCAAACAAUUAUAUGCAAGUAUAAACACCAUGGGACUGUCCAGCCAUCAUACCAUUCAAGAAGGAAGUGGGUUAUGUUUCCCAGAGAUGAAUGUGCUUUGGUCCAAAAUGUGCAUAUCAACCCAAGAACAAAAACAAAAGACCUUGUGAAGAUGCUGGCUGAGGCUGGUGUGUGACAGUGGAAAUAUGAAGCAUUAUCUAAAGACAUCAACCAAGAAGUUAAAGCUUGGGCUCAAAUGGACAUUGACCCGAAGCAUACUGCCAAACUGGUUACAAAGGAUAACAAAAUCAAUGUUUUGGAGUGGCCAUCACAAAGCCCUGAUCUCAAUCUUAUUGAAAAUGUAUGGGCAUAUGUGGGAAAAGGCAUGUGGGAGCAAGGUUGAUUGCAAACUUGGCUCAGUUACACCAGUUCUGUCAGUAGGAAUGGGCCAAAAUUCCAGCCACUAUUGUGAGAAGCUUGUGGAAGGAUAUCCAAAAUGUUUGACCCAAGUCAUACACUUUAAAGGCAAUGGUACAACAUACUAAUCAAAUGUAUUGUCUAUUGUCAAAAAAAAAAUAAAAAAAAUCCUUCUCUCAUUAUUCUGGCAUUUAGCAAAUAUAAAUCACUUUGAUAUGUCUUAUGCCUAAUUGUCCUAAAACAGGAGAGGUUUGGGCUGAUUUCAUGUCAGGCAGUAAAAAAGAUUUUUAAAAAGCAUAUGGCAUAUGUGCCUUUUUAUAUAGUGUAUGUAAACUCCUGGUUCUAACUGUAUCUGUUUUGGGGCAAGACAAAUGUUACUUUUAUUAAAUGAAAAAAAAAAAAAAAAUAAAAAAAAUCAGGUACAGCUCCUUUAAAGCCGAGUCUGUUUUGAACAAAGCUUUUCAGUGCCUUCAUUUGAAUUCCCCAUCCAUCUUCUGAAUGGCCAGAUAUAACAGGUGCUUAAAGGAAAGCGCUUACAGACAAUGUUUAUACGCUUUUUAUCUUAUGAAAAUGAGUGACAUAUUUUGACCAAUCUUAUGUAUUUUUAGCAGACAUCUAUUUAAAGCUUUAGUUUGAAAUUCAGCAUAUAGAACAUAAAAUAUUGGCCCCUAAUAUACAGAAAUUUGAAACCUGUGAGAAUGUGGUAGCAGAAUGGUUGGAUGGCUCACAAAGUGAUAAUGUUUCUCAUUCAAUUUCCUGGUCUUCCUGUAGAGUUUGCAUGUUCUCCGUAUGUUUGGGAAGUUUUUCAUCCAGAUUCAACUUAGAAUAUGCGCAGAUAGUUUAACCCAGAGACUCUGAAGGAUGGGUCAAAUGCAGUAUGUAGUAUUUCCUAUUUAAAUGAUCCAGGCUUAGGACUGGCACACUGAACGGCUUUAACCUGAUAUUUAGUCCAUUCUAAUCAAUGUAGAAUCAGUCAGUAUUUUACUGUAGGGAACAUACAGGUUGCUUGAGCUUAGCCUUUGAAAACAGCAUUGACUCCAUAUCACACUAUUUAACUGAAUAUUUACCCUAAAAUAAUAACAAAACCAUUAUGUAUAUUUUGGUCAUGAAUAUCUGGUGAAAGGUCAUUUGAACACCAUAAAAAUCAUACAAAUGUAGUUGAAGUUUUUUUCAUGGGUGAAGAAACUGCCAAUUUUUUUUGUUUUUCGGUAUUUAUGUACACAUCUCUAGCAGAAGUCCAUUAAAUUGCUUACUAAAAGAUCGUAGUUUGGAUAAAGCAAUAAUCAGAAUUAGAGAACAGAGUAUUAUAGUGAAUAAAAGCAGUAACACAAGUUACUGCAACAAGACUACAACAUUACAAAAAAGUAUAGGAACUAAUAUAACACCAGCCAUAUGGCGACAAGUACCACAAGGCCUACCUGGGUCUAAAACCAGGUCUAAACCAGGACUAUAUAGGGGUGGGCAUAGGCGAUUAUGUGAAAUAUUCAUAUCAGAGCCAAAUCAGAAUUUCAGUUUCACCACGAUUCAUGUUUUCCUAAGAGCUUAUGCUGUUUUUAUACCAUCUACUCUAUCUCAAAGUCCCUUCUUAACUGUGAUUGCCUAAAUCCAUCUGUCACUCACUCAGAGCUUGACAGAGGCUGACCAAGAUGUUGAGUGGGUGUGCCAAAUUGUCAGUUUUUGUGCGUAGAGCUACAUUAAUAAUAAAAAUACAGAAACAAUAUGAUAUCACCAAAACCACAGUUUGAGCCAAAACAAUGGACUAAUAAAGCAGAUCUUGUACUGCAAUUUUAACAGUAUUUUAUUUCAGUGCAUCAUAUCACAAAUUGUUUUGUGUGAAGCAGUAACCAAACAUCACAAAAACAUAACUACAAUAAUUAUUCAAAUUAUUAUGUUUUUUUUUUUUCAUUUAAAAACACAAAAUACAAAAAUGUGAAACUUGUGCUGUAAAACAGCAUCAAACUGAAUUUCAAAACAUAUUUAAAAAUUCUAGCUUUUUUCUUUUGUAUUCAUUUUUAAAUUGAAUUAAAAGCUUAGUUUGCCUAAAAUUUCAGCCACUAACUAUUUAGUGAUACUUUGCAGUGACAUCACUCUGGGGGUGUUCCACAUGUAUCUCUAUGGUGACAUGGUCAGCAGUUACCAUGGUGACACAGUGCACACAUUGGCAAAUAAUAUCAGAAAAGUAUUAAGACUACGAAAAAAAAACACAAAAUGCAUGCAAACAUUUUCAGGAGCCUGUGAUCAGUACGAGUGUUCAUGGUCCUGUUUAGGUAUUUGAGUUUCAACAAAAAGGUGAGAGUGACUAACUGAAAAACUGUUAGCUAAUGUACCUUAUGUAAUUUUAUGUGUCAGAGACUUCUUUAACAGCACAAAUCAGGUUACCUUCAAACUAAACCAGCCUUUUCUGGUCAGAUUUUGCUCAAAUGAAACUCAGAUUAAAUAAAUUCUAACAAAGCUUCAGACAGAGCAGUGCCUACAGUUAGCAUCACACCCCCAGUAUCUUAUUUUAAGACCUUGUUUAUGAGAUUACAGCUAUUUUACUUCUCAUUGAAGGGGAAAGUGUCAGUUGGUUUAGCAUAAAUAAUUACACGUUUCAUCAAUGUUUUUUGCUUUUUAAUCAAGUCACUGAUUGCACUUUUUUGUAUUUUUUCCUAUUAGAUUUUAGUUCAUUCACACAAGAGGCGCUGGUUUAAAGCACCUGCUGGUCAUUUAAUUUAAUUUUGUGUAAAUACAAAGACUUUUUCUUUCACAAAAAUAAAAUUAUGUUGAAUC